UUGGUGAUCCCAACGGCAAGAUACACUCUGCACAAUGCCUCCGCGCAUUUCCUUCCAGCCUUCACUCAAGGCAUUCACCGGGUCCUCACAUGUUCAGAGCCCGCUUGCCAGACUAUCUUUAAACCCGAGCAAAACGUCCGCCAGAGCUGGUUCCGCUGAAUCGAGGGAACGCCGAAGACAUGAUCCUUUCUUGAUGGCUCAAUCGCGUCAGCGCAAGGCCGCGAAUCUAUCCCGUCAACAAGCCCUCGCAGAAGAGCGUAACGCCUCUCUCGGCGAUCCCGUGCACGGAAGACCAACACCCUUUGUUGAAGCCCUGAAGAUUCAUCAGGCCGGUACACAAGAGUCACACCCCAAUCACUUCAUCACUCCGGAUGAGCUUGACAAGGCUAUCGAUUACUCCAAGCACCUGACCUCCCCUAUCGAGAACCCAAAUAGAGCCACGGCAGACCCGCAGCUGGAGAAGGAAAGUGCAGAAAGGCACCUUGAGGAGGAUAGAAAUGCCCGCGAAGCAAUCAGCCGAAUCGUUGAUAUCAGGAACGGAAACACCGCCGACCAAAUGCGCCUUCGCAUUCAGAAGUGCAUCGAGACUUUUGGCCGACACAACACCGACAAGACGUUGCCCCCGAAGCCUGCGGCUGUCCCGCCAGAGGGAGCGACCGUUCAUCUGCAAAAGACUCCCCGAGUCGGUCCCGACACCGGCUCUCCCGAAGUGCAGGUCGCAAUCCUUACCGCAAAGAUUCUGAAUUUGUCUAGACACUUGGAAACUACUAACAAAGACAAGCACAACAAGCGCAACUUACGGCUUCUCGUUCACAAGCGACAGAAGCUACUCCGAUAUUUGCGAAAGAAGGAAAGGGGUGGUCCAAGGUGGAAGAAUCUUAUGGAUACGCUCGGGUUGUCAGACGCUUCGUGGAAAGGCGAGAUUAGCAUGUAA